AUGGCAUCCGCUGGCUCGUCCGCCUCUCUUCCUUCAGAAUGUCAUCUUAUUGUCAUAACCCACGGAAUGUGGGGAAACCCCAGCCACGUCGGCGAGUUGGCUCGGGUAAUCAAAGAAACUCAUCCCGGCCCUGAACUCCAUGUUCUACGCCCACAAUCGAAUCGGGAAGAAAACACUUACGAUGGCAUUGACUGGGGAGGAGAACGUGUGGUGCAAGAGAUUAUAGACGAAGUCGCAGAGCUCAAACGCGAGGGCCGGACCGUCACUCGUUUCUCAAUAACAGGCUACUCACUGGGAGGUUUGGUGGCACGUUACACAGUGGGCAUUCUACAGCAACGCGGCUUCUUCGAGACGAUAACGCCCGUCAACUUCAACACUAUUGCCACGCCACACUUGGGAGUCCCUCGCAUGCCUUCCUCAUUCUUCUCGUCACUGGCUUCACUCAUCGGGCCCCGGCUGCUUUCACGCACCGGAGAGCAGUUCUACUGUGUGGACAAAUGGCUCAAGGACCGACCAUUACUCGAAGUCAUGGCAGACCCCGACCAAAUAUUCUAUCAGUCUCUUGCCAACUUCCACAGCAUUCGGAUAUACGCUAACGCUGUCAAUGACACGACUGUUCCGUAUGUUACGGCGGCUAUUGAAGUGAAUGAUCCAUUCAUCUCCCGCGCAACGAACGGAAUCCAAGUAGAACUGGAUGACAAAUAUUCUCCUCGCGUCCAAGCAUACAACGUACCGGAGGUUCCGCCUCCUCCGGAAUCCAAACCAAUGGUCUUUACGCCAAAGUGGUUCAAGUCAAUCAAGUUCACUCGCCCGCCUCUCCCCCCAUGGCUCACUUUCAGAUUCCCUUUCAACUAUGUGGUCUAUUUGAUGAUACCACUCCUUAUACCCACUGUCCUGUCGUUGACACUUUUCCGACUUGCUGUCGCCACCCGUUCCUCUCGUUUACGCAUAAAGCUUCUAGAAGAGGAUGCUGCAUCGCCUGGAAGUGUUGAGAGGCUUGCACAGGUUCUCGCAAAACUGGAAAGUCAAGUGGAGAGCACUGUUCUCGACCUGGUCGAAGAGACCAGUGCAGAUGACGACUCUUCACCUAACAAAGUUCAACCGCUGCUCACCACUGUCCAGCGUCGCAUCGCUGCCAAUCUUAACAAGCUUCCCAUUACAAAGGAAAUAGCAUAUUUUCCCACCAUUCGCUUCGCCCAUGCGGUCAUUGUCUGUCGCGACGUCAGGAAUUUCGAAUGGCACAAGGCCGGCGAAAACAUCGUCAAACACUGGUCUACGGUCUUUAUUCUGUAG